AAUUAAGAUAGUUCAUCUUGUGAGGCUGCUGGCUUAUUAUUGGAAGGAACACGCCAAUUAUUAAAAGGUUGGCGGGAGAAGACUAGUCGUCCUACGCGGUUUUGUGUCCGCUUUCACUAAAAUUACACAAAUAGUUACUGUUUUCAAAGUUUUUAACCCCCUAUAAAUAUUUACAUUAGACUAGAGAAGGAAAUAUUCCACACCCAAUUUAGAUCAGAAGCAAUCAUGAGGUUUCCACAAAUAUUGGUACUGCUGUUGGUAGUGGUGUUGGUAGAGGAGUUAGCUGUAAAUGCAGCAACUCCGUCAACAAGUUGCCCACAAAGUUGUGGGAACCUUACCAUUCCAUACCCGUUCGGCACAAGCCUGGACUGCUGUCGAAAUGAGUCCUUCUUGAUAACAUGUAAUGACUCCAAGCCAUAUUUUCCGGCCAAACAGUACAUCUACUUCCACGACCGUUUCUAUACAGAAACUCUCAAUACUAACGACUUAACUGUCCUUGACAUAUCACUUGCCGGCGAGUUGCGAGUCUCUACUUGGUUAGGGGCAUAUGCGUGUUACAACAAAUCCGGUGGAUUGGUUGACUCCUACAAUUCACCGCUUUCCACAUUUUUUCCCAUCUCCUCCACCAAAAAUAAGUUCACGGUAGUAGGUUGUGACACUUACGCAUACGUACAACAUUACCAAGGAUCUGGGUACAUAAGUGGUUGCAUGUCAAUGUGUGAUGAUUUUUAUGAUGUGGUCGCUGGUUCGUGCUCCGGUAUAGGUUGCUGCCAAACAUUGAUUCGUGAAGGAGUACGCAAAAUUCAGUUGACAGUGAGCAGUUACAAAAACCACACAGAUGUUAUCUUCUUCAAUCCCUGUGGCGUCGCCUUUCUUGCUGAAGAGGGCAGUCACACAUUCUUCCCAGAUGAACUUUUAAAAAACAUGACCGUACGCGGAAUUGGCCCGAUGCCGGUUGUGCUUGAUUGGGCUAUUGGCAAUGAGACAUGUGAAGAAGCCAGAACGAAUUUGAGCAGCUAUGCAUGUGGGCAAAAUAGCAUAUGCUAUAAUUCCACUAAGGUUUACGGGUAUCUCUGCAACUGUUCUCAAGGUUAUCAAGGAAACCCCUACCUUUCAAAUGGUUGCCAAGAUAUUAACGAGUGCUUGAAUGAUAAACUCCAUAACUGCACAAAUAAAUGCAAUAACAUAGCUGGGAGUUUUAAUUGUUAUUGUCCAAAGGGCUUUCACGGGGAUGGAGUAAGGGGGAGCCAGGGUUGCAUUCGAGAUCAAACUAAUCCACCAAUAACGCUAAUUACUCUAGGCCUUGGCGUCACAGUUGCAUUAUUUGUGGGAUGCUUUUUGUUAUAUUGGGGAAUCAAGAGGAGAAAACUCAUCCAACUUAGAGAAAAGUUUUUUCAACAAAAUGGUGGUAUGAUGCUACAACAACAACUUUCAAAACUUGAUAGUUCAGCUGAGACAGCCAAAAUCUUUACUAUAGAAGAGGUGAAGAAGGCAACCAAUAACUUUAGUGAAAGUGAAAUUGUCGGUCGAGGAGGUUAUGGUACAGUUUACAAAGGAAUUUUAUCGCAAAACAAAAUAGUUGCAAUUAAAAAGUCCUCUGUUGUCGAUCAAAGCCAAGUUGACCAAUUCGUUAAUGAGGUGAUUGUGCUUUCCCAAAUCAACCAUAGAAACGUGGUAAAACUAUUGGGUUGUUGUUUAGAGACAGAAGUCCCCUUGCUGGUUUAUGAAUUUAUCACCAAUGGGACUCUAUACCACAAUUUGCAUGGAGUAGGUCAUGUCUCAUCGAUGCCGUGGGAAAUACGUCUAAGAAUAGCCAAAGAAACUGCAGGAGCACUUGCAUAUUUGCACUCUGCAGCUUCCAUACCAAUCAUUCACAGAGAUGUCAAGUCUACUAACAUACUCUUAGACGAUAACUUUAUUGCAAUAGUUUCAGACUUUGGAUCUUCAAGAUUAGUUCCAUUGGAUAAAACACAACUAACCACAAUGGUUCAAGGAACGUUUGGCUACUUAGAUCCUGAAUAUUUCCAUACAAGCCACUUGUCAGAAAAGAGUGAUACAUAUAGCUUUGGAGUGGUCCUUGUGGAGCUACUUACAGGUAUAAAAGCACUUUCUUUUGACAAACCAGAGGAAGAGAGAAACUUAGCCACAUACUUCCUUUCUUCAAUGAAAGAGAAUCGAUUGUCCUUAAUUCUAGAUGAUCGAAUCGUGAACGAGGGUAACUCGGAUGAGAUGCUUGAAGUUGCAAACAUUGCACAGUGUUGCCUAAGAUUGAAGGGGGACAAACGACCUACAAUGAGAGAAGUGGCAAUGGAGCUUGAGGGACUAACAAGAGUGGAGAAGCACCUUUGGACUAGUAUCGAUGUGGAUCCAGAAGAGACGGAGUUCUUACUAAGUGGAUCAUUGAACUCUCAGAGCAUCACAACUGGAUGUGAUAGUCUCAAGGACAAAGACGUAAUACCAUUAAAGGUUGAUCACGGCCAUCUAGCGUCUUGCAGCAAUCUGAGUAGGACAAUGACUGGGGUUCCCAUAUACCAAGGGCCAUCUGGUGCACUUAAGUGGGACACAAUUUGAUGCACUUGAAUGGAAAACAUGUAUGCCCUAUUUUAGUGUAUGUUUCAGUUGAUUGUUUCCGUGAAACAACUAUUUUUCAUUAGA